UUACCUUGGACAUUGGAACGUGGCAGUAGAGGCCAGAAGAGCUGAUCAGCGGGCCGUCUGUUCUCCCUGGCUGAGCAGGGGAGAAGGGGCACGCACGGCAUUAAAUGGUGCUCAGCACUUCGAGACUGGCUUAAUGGUCCCUGGAACUGUCGUUAGCCACUUUGUCAUAAAGGGGUGCAUGUCCGCCGAUGCGCGCGUGCAUAUCUGGACUAACAAUGUUUUUAGCUUGAGCAUAUGCUGAUCUCCAGUCCGUCUGGGCAUCUCAGAGCCUCAGAGGUACAAAGAGACCAAGACAAGGACAACACCGAAGAAUAGAAACUUUUCAGGACAAACCGACGGCUCAGAAAAAAACGACUGUAGGAUGCAUUCCACUGAUAUGUGGGUGCCCUGUUCUUUCUCUAAAUCAUUUUCAGAAGACACCAUCUUCUUUCCAAAUGGUGAAAAUGAUAAAUUGGUACUGAGCUGAUUGCCAUCAUCUUCAAUGGAUUACAAGGAUUAUGAGGAAGUAGAGAAUAGAAAGAGGUGACUCAUCGACAACAUGAAUAUCACAAAGACUUUGUUCUGUCUGCUUUUCUUGUAUCCCGGCACACGGUGUGAGUCCUUGCUUACACUGCUCCAAAAGUACUGUGAAGCGCUCUCUGCCCUCUACAAUGUCACAGGUCUGUACUGUAAUGCCACCACAGACGAGAUUGGAACUUGCUGGCCGAGGAGUAGCACUGGUCGAAUUGUGGAAAGACCGUGCCCAGAGUACAUAAAUGGAGUCAAAUACAACACCACGAGAAAUGCAUACAGGGAAUGCAUGGAUAAUGGAACAUGGGCCUUCAAGAGUAACUACUCUAGCUGUGAACCCAUCUUGGAGGAAAAGAGGAAGUAUCCAAUGCACUACAAGAUUGCCCUGAUUAUAAACUACUUAGGUCACUGUAUAUCUGUGGGGGCACUUGUCGUUGCCUUCAUACUUUUCUUAUGUUUGCGGAGUAUCAGAUGCCUUCGCAACAUAAUUCACUGGAACCUGAUCACCACCUUCAUUUUGAGGAACGUCAUGUGGUUCCUGCUUCAGCUGAUCGACCACAAUAUUCACGAGAGCAAUGAGCCUUGGUGUCGCCUUAUCACAACAAUAUACAAUUAUUUUGUGGUGACUAACUUCUUCUGGAUGUUUGUGGAGGGCUGCUAUCUUCACACUGCCAUUGUGAUGACAUAUUCCACAGACAAGCUAAGAAAAUGGGUGUUUCUUUUUAUUGGGUGGUGUAUUCCAUGUCCAAUAAUUGUGGCUUGGGCUAUAGGCAAGCUUUACAAUGAAAAUGAACAAUGCUGGUUUGGAAAAGAACCUGGGAAGUACAUAGACUACAUUUAUCAAGGGCCUGUCAUUCUUGUGCUGUUGAUAAAUUUUGUUUUCCUGUUCAACAUCGUGAGGAUCCUGAUGACCAAACUGAGAGCCUCAACCACCUCAGAAACAAUACAGUAUAGAAAAGCUGUGAAGGCCACGUUGGUUUUGCUACCCCUGCUGGGAAUCACCUACAUGCUUUUCUUUGUCAAUCCGGGGGAAGAUGACAUCUCCCAAAUAGUAUUUAUUUAUUUCAAUUCUUUUCUGCAGUCAUUUCAGGGUUUCUUCGUGUCAGUAUUUUACUGCUUCCUUAAUGGGGAGGUACGCUCAGCUGCCAGGAAGAGGUGGCACCGCUGGCAGGACAACCAUGCUCUGCGGGUUCGAGUGGCCCGUGCGAUGUCUAUUCCCACCUCCCCCACCCGAAUCAGCUUCCACAGCAUAAAACAGACAACUGCCGUGUAACCUCUGGAGAAGCUUCAUUCCUUUCACUUUCUGACAGUGGCGUUGUCCCGAUCCCAUCUUCCUAUCGAACAACGAAGGUGGAACUACUUUUUGUGAACAUUUUUGUUCAGAAAAGCUAAGUAAAAUACAGUGGGAGCCAUGCUUUGAUCUGAACAUGGUGCAUACGAGGAAAAAUCCUUCCCGUUUUUGUUUGCCUUUUCACUGCAAAACUUUGGAUCAUUCCACUCAGAAUUCUGUCAGAAGCCGUUUCAGCAUGACCAAAAUGAAGGCUCUGGGUCAAACAAUGUGGUCUUUCCUCAAUGGAAAGUCCAGAAGGCGAGCGCAGGUCCCUCUGCCCCAGCAGUGCCUAGACCAGCUUUAGAGAUGGCCGUUCUAUUAACUGCCUGCGUGCAAUUUAUGACCUGCUAAAGGAGCGUGCAUUUGGGAAAUUAAUGGCUGAAAAGCACAUUAUCAUCCCCUUCUUUGGAAGUAGGAUUCUGCUUCGCUCUGUUCCUGCUAAGUGAUAAAAUGCUUGUUGGAAUGAUCAUAUGUGGUAAUCUAGCACUCAAAAUGCAUAAUCAUAAAAUGUGAAUUUUUAUGAUGUUGGCAAUCAUAGAUAAUUUAGUCCUAUUGUUCACUUACGUUUAUAAUGUCCCAUUUUCCAUCUUGGGGAGAACAGAAUGCAUAAAAGCAAAACAUAAAUCAAUGAAAAUUAUUUUUUUCAUAAUUAUGUACUGAAAUAUGUGUUGGCAUCUAAAUGGCAUCAAUUCCUACUCCCUAGAUAGAAUAAAGGAACAUAUAUAUCAAUAUAUAUAGACUAUAUGACCAAAAGUAUCUGGACACCCCUUGAUCUGGUAGACGGUAGUAAAUGGGUAUAAUGGAUAAGGUGCUGGUCUUGUAACCUAAACGUCACAGGUUCCAUUCCCAGGAAGGUACUUUCGUUGUCUCCAAGGUACUUAACCUGCAUUGCUCCAGUAUAUAUCCAGCUGUAUAAAUGGAUGCAAUGCAAAUGCUGUGUAAAAGUUGUGUAAGUCACUCUGGCUAAGAGCGUCUGCUAAAUGCCUGUAAUGUAAAAUGUAAUGGUCUGGGGCUGUUUUUCAUGGUUUGAGCUAGGCCAAACCAUGAUGCUACAGCAUACAAGCACAUUCUACACGAUUAUGUGUAGAAUAUUAACGGUUUUGGGAAAGUAUUUUCCUGUUUCAGCGUGACAGUUAUCCCAGGCACACAGCCAGGUCCAUAUAGAAAUGGUUUUCUUGAGAAUGGUGUGGACAUUUGGGAAUAAACUAGAAAGCCAACUAAUUGCCCAAUCAGUGCCCAACUUCACUAAUGCUCUUCUGGCUGAAUGGAAGCAAAUCCCUGCAGCAAUGCUCCAACACUUAGUAUAAAACCUUCCCAGAACAUUUGAGGUUGUUUUAGCAGCAAAGGGUGGACCAACUCCAUAUGAAUGCCCAUAACUUUGGAUGAGAUGUUGGAUCAGGUAACUACAUACUUUUGGCCAUCCAGUGUAACUAUAGCAAUACUGCAUUGCAUGGUUUGGUUGAUAUUUUACAAGGAAUUGAGAGUUGAUGAAAAGUGGAGUAAUGAUCAGAGGAAGGGAGUGUUACUCCCAGUGCACCCAGCUGGUAUAUCUAGGAACCCAACACCAACUUAAGCAAAGAUUAUGUAAAUUUUAAUUAAUAGUAAUGAGGUCUACUUUGAAGUGAUGGAAACAAUAAAAUAUGUUUCAAUCACCAUUUGUUAUUACCUUUGGCUUUCAAAUUAUUUCUAAUUUUAUUUAAUUUAAAAAAAUACUUGCCUUCAUUAAUAACAUAUUUACAAAUGUUGAUUGAAUCCCGGCCUUGCUCUGGGAAGAGACACUGUACAGUACGUGCUAAUUGUUGUCGUCGAAGUUAGAACAUAUAAACUGAUAUUCUACAGUAACCAUAAUUAUUUUUUGAGGGAGGAAAAUUGAUUGUAAUGCACCAAGAAGACAGUGGUAGGGAGUGGACUUCAUAAUUCUCAAGUAUUUUCGAUACCUUCGGCAUUAGGGCAUGCAAGUGACAGCCCAGCCCUCUUCCUGUAAGAGGUGGGAAAAUGUUAAAUGCUCGUGAGUGAAGGCUGAGAUCGUAAAAUGACACCAACUUACACUGGCAGCAUGCUUAAUAUAUAAAUUCACUGGAAAUCUACUGACUGACCAAAUGCGAACUUCAUAUAUUCUAAUUACACAGUCAGGUUUUGAUCAUAUUAAUUCAAAUGCGUUGUACACAAAUAAAAAUAAAUACAUAACUUGAAAUAAA